UGCCGUUGCGCGCUGACGUCAGACGCAGAGACGUGGAAGUGUCCGGAGUCCGAGGGUUAAAUCCACUUCGGCGGAGUUCGGGAUUAAUGCGGAACAUUUCAGGAGUUUGUGCGAAAACUGCAAAGAUCCGGAUCCUGAAAUCUCACGAAACCUGAAGGAAAAACACGACGGAGCAAAACACGCGAGAUCUGAAGGUCUGUGACACUGGGGCUGGGACAGACUCAACAGUUGAACUGUCAUUGGUCAAAAUGAUCUGACUGUCCCUGUUUAUGUCCUCACACCAUCAGACCUGAUCCAGACCUGAUCCAGACCUGAUCCAGACCUGAUCCAGACCUGAUCCAGACCCGAUCCAGACCGAUCCAGACCUGAUCCAGACCCGAUCCAGACCCGAUCCAGACCCGAUCCAGACCCGAUCCAGACCCGAUCCAGACGUCCUGAGACAUGGAUCAUUCGAGUAUGGACCACACUGGUCACGUCCAUCGCGCUGCGACGCUGACGCCCACACUCACCACACACGACGGACACGGAGGAACCACCGACGGAACCAGCGGAGGACACGAGGGCCACAUGGGCAUGGUCAUGACGUUUUAUUUCGGGUAUCAGAAUGUGGAGCUGCUGUUUUCUGGUCUGAUCAUCAACUCUGCUGGAGAGAUGGUUCUGGCGUGUCUGGGCGUGUUCCUAUUGGCCGCUCUGUACGAGGGGCUGAAGAUCGGACGAGAGGUUCUGCUGCGGCGGAACCAAGUCAACGUGCGCUACAACUCCAUGCCCGUGCCCGGAAACGACGGAACCGUGCUCAUGGAGACGCACAAGACCGUCGGACAGAGGAUGCUGAGCCCCGCCCACUUCCUACAGACGCUGCUGCACAUCCUCCAGGUGGUCCUCAGUUACGUUCUCAUGCUCGUCUUCAUGACGUACAACGGCUUCCUGUGCAUCGCCGUGGCGCUGGGCGCGGGCGCCGGGUACUUCCUGUUCAGCUGGAAAAAGGCCAUCGUGGUCGACAUCACGGAGCACUGCCACUGACGCACCUGCCGCCGACGCACCUGCCGCCGACGCACCUGCCGCCGACGCACCUGCCGCCGACGCACCUGCCGCCGACGCACCUGCCGCCGACGCACCUGCCGCCAGAGCACCUGUCUCCAGAGCACCUGCU